AUGAAAUUAUAUAUUGGUGUUUUCCCAGAAAAUCCCAGGACUGACCAUCGUCGCCCCUUCCCGACACCCGCGGAUGCGCAGAGAAGGUCGUCAUCAUCGUCAUCUUUCGCUUCCGUCGUCAUUGAGCCAGCCCAUGACGUCAUGUCACCCAGAACGGAAGCAAAAGGUCCCUCAUAUCGGAAGAAGGAAAAGAACCUUCAGAGACCCGAUGGGAUAACAUAUGAAGCGAGACAUUACAGCGUCACGCCGCUGGGACCCCGAGGUGGAUUGAUUGAAUGGGUUGAAGGCGGAUUCCCGCUGUUCUCAAUUUAUAAACGCUGGCAGCAGCGCGAAGCGGCAGCUCUUGCUAAUGCAAAUGAUACGCAGCAAGCACAACAGUCAUCGUUUCUGCGACCCAGUGAUAUGUUUUUCCGGAAGCUCGCUCCAUUGCUCCAGGAAAAGGACAUCAAGGUUGAAAACCGCAAAAACUGGCCGCUGCCGGUUUUGCAGCAGGUGCUUAAGCAACUGAUGAGCGAAACUCCGAAGGAUCUCUUCGCUAGGGAAUUGUGGGCGAACAGUUUGACGCCGAGCAGUUGGUGGCCUGCAAAUCAAACGUACUGUUCUUCAACUGCUGUGAUGAGUAUGAUCGGCUACGUGAUUGGUUUGGGAGAUCGCCAUCUGGACAACAUACUGCUCGACUUGAGUACUGGCCAGCUGUCUUCUUCGCCUAAUCGUUACCGAUCACUCAUUUUUUCCAAGGUUAUCCACAUCGAUUACAACGUUUGUUUCGAAAAAGGCAAGACCCUGCGUGUUCCGGAGCGAGUUCCUUUUCGAUUGACACAAAAUAUCGAGGCUGCUUUGGGCGUCACCGGCAUUGAGGGGCCGUUCCGUUUUGGUUGCGAGCAUGUGAUGCGAACUAUGCGUAAGGGUAAAGACACGCUUCUUGAAUUGCUGGACGCGUUUGUGUACGACCCUCUGGUCGACUGGACUCAUCUUGGAUCCGAAGUUAUGUGUGAAGCGUCGUUGCUUUUGUACGGCACUGGGAAGAAUCUGAAGGAUGCGGCGGCGAUGCAUGAGUCGACAGUAUUGCGGCGCCGCGAAAUGGCUCGUUCAACGACUCGUCAGUUGUUUGCCUUGCGACUUGCCGAGAUGCGAGUCGAAUGGUUGGCAAAUAGAGAUGACUUGGCGGAAGCCGUUCCCAAGCUGGCUUUGUUUGGUGUCGAGACUGAGAUGAUGGCUGUGGAGCGAAGAAUGCGAGAGGGUCAUGAAGCUUUGGUCGUUUUAAAAGAGGCGGAAUCAUCGCCAUCACACCCCUUACAUACUCUUGGCCAACGCUACUCGAGGAAGGUCAUGUACGUGACGACGACUACUGUUGCCCUCUCUGCGUUGGAAUCAAAGUUGAGAGAGUACGAAACAUUUACCCGAAGCUUGGAGGAUCUUCACAGGAAACUUCGGGGAACAAAAUGCCAAGAAUGGAUCGCCGAUGCAAAAAAGCUGGUUGCAUAUCUCCGAACAUCCUCGACUUGUGCCUUGGUUGUGAAAGAUUUCCUUGCACAAGUUGGAAAAUCCAAGCUUCACGAAGACUUUGAAUUGGCUGAGAUCGAGUUCAGCGCAUCGCUGGAGAUCCUUGUUUCCGAAAUCAAUUUGAUUCUGGAGCUGCUUCAACAUUAUGCCGCUGUAGCUCGCACUUAUUCGAGAAGACACUUUUCGAACAGUCGAUUGAAGUUCUAUCAGUCAUUCAUCGAAGAAUUAAUGGGCGACUUCACGUUGGCAAAGUGUCAAGAAAUUUUAUCGAAGUGUGAAGAGCUGCAGAAAGCAGCGUUGCCGAAUAACAUUGUGAGUGAUGAGCGUCUGCUGGUUACAUUGCAUGCUGCCGUCCUCUUUCAGAGAAUGCUAGCGGAAUUGCGAUCUCGUUUUACCAUGGUUCAACAGUGUGCAGAACUGAACAGAAGCCUUUUGGGACCCGACACAAAUGAAGCUGAAGCUGCGAUUUUAACUUUUUUGAAAUGGUCGUCGAACGUAGAAACAAGUUCAGUUGUAGGUGGAAACUUCUCGAAAAAACGACGGAUUGUUGCAAUGGAAGCAGUAAUCGUUUCCGUGUUGACUGGUCUGUGCAAGCAACUUCUGCAGAUGGAAACCGUGAUUCGGAGCGGCUCCAUUGAGACCCCGUCAGCUUGGAUUUUCGGCGAAACUCAGGUUGAUGAAUCAGGCGUGAUAAACGUUGGCUCUUUGGCGGAACCGUGGUUACAAUUGUCCUCAUCCGUUGACGGAUUAGCCAGAGUGCUUGCCUGGUCACCCGGGGAACAUUCAGACUCCGUAGGACCUGUCGAGUUUUCAACCGAUCGUUCUAGCAUUUUCCACCGAUCAACCCGAGCGUCAGCGCAUUGUAUCAUGAAAAUCCGGCCCAUUUACAUGCGAUUAAGGGAUCUGACUGUGUCGACGGAAUCGAUCGUCUUGCCGGAAACGAUGGCAUUGUUACUCGCGGAAAAUCCGUCUAUCUUUACGGUCAUGGAUUCGCUCGGUGAUAUUAUGCGACAGGCAUUUGAGGCUGAAAGUACUGAGACUCCUAACCUGAAGCCACUGAUUAUAGACCUUGAAUUGCAUCUGCGGUGUGUGACAAUGGGCGUUGAGUCUGAAAAUCCUCACUGCUCAGCGAUUGCCGAGGGACUGAUAAACGAUUAUUGGGGCUUGCUGAACACGACUGACGGAGUGGAUGGUCCAAAUGAGGGUGUAAAGCUGUUGAACGCCUUAAACGGACUGUUCAAGAGUUUGGAAGACACAUUGCAUGAUCUGCUCAUGACGUUUGCGUCGUUGGAAUUGUCGAAAACUUGGCAGAGAGUAGACCUUGUCGUCAGUGCCAGCUCGUUGAUGUCCCCCGUUUUCAGUCCCGUGACGUUGAAGAUCCUCAGCGACAUCUUCUUGAUCAAGCGAAUCCAGUGCAUAUAUGAUUUUUUCACCGUUUGCCACCACGUGAAUCGGAUGUGGAGAGGUGAAACAUCCGAUCCGAAGCUUUUGGUCACCCUGAGUAAUCUGAGGAUGAGCGAUUUAAUGCGGCCCGUGCGGGAAUACUGUGGGGAAUUCUUUUCCCGACUCGUUGUGGGAACGUCGUCGCAGAUUCUUUCAUGCACACUCUGCUACAUUCUGGAGCAUUCAGCUGGGCUUGACCUUGGAGAAUGCUUCAUUCCUGGAAAUGUUGAAGAACAAGUGGAAAUGGAAGCUGUGUGCCGAUCCCUCAUCAAGCGGAUUAUUCCCACCGGCAGCAGUGAGAUCAAUCUGACGGACCUUUCAACCUUGAUUUCUCAAUACGAUGCAUGCGUGACGAAACUUGACAAAGCGCAGGGAUUACAGGUUGAAUUGGCUGCCCUAAAGAAUUGUUUGGAUCGCUGGGAGUUGAUCGUGACUUCACAGAUGUGGUCUGAAGAACAUGCGUUGAGUCUUGCUUCGUUCUCCGGUGCUGGAAUUCCUACGGAUUUGUCCGGACUAAUGAGUCCACAAGGACGAAUUAUGUUUAUGGAAGAGCUUUCGAAGCGCUCAGUCAUACUCCUACAAAGCGUAGGUGUGGUGGAACUCAACACUCAAACUAUGAAGCAGUUGGUAGAUUCAGUUCGACAAAGGCUGCGUUGGGCGAGUGGUGCCAAUCCUGACGGCAUUAGAGAACUCGUCGAAAGUUUUGAGCAGCGUGUCUCGAUUGCCCACCUUUCAACGAAUGAGGGGCUUGUACUUGCAAAAUGCCUUGCAGCCACCGCAGAUAUCAUUUACAAGGAUGAGAUGCUUCAGCAUAAGGGGAAGCCGUCCGUUCUAACUGCCCAGCAAGAAAGAGAGUUUUUGGCGCUGUUGAAGAAGAGUUCUGAUGCUUGUUCCCUGAUGGAGAAAUUCGACAACGAACCCGGUGGCCUUCGUGGAAGCGUUGAAAAAACCAUUCUUCCUUUGGAAGAGAAAUUGGUGAAGCUCUUGCCUAUAGGAAAAAGGGGAGUGGAUGAGCAUUGGAUAUCUGCGGUGAGCGAUAAAGUUCGAGACGACAUCAACGAAGUGCAGACCAGGAUUGGUGAAGUUCGGAUCGAGGUUGGAACGAAGCGUGAAGUGGUUGAAGUGAAAGCCCGAAAAGUUCGAGCACUUUUUGGUCUGCAUAGGCUGCUAAUUCAUGGUGUCAUGCCGAUGCUGAAGACUAUGGCGAGGUGGAAAGAUGAGUACGGAUGCGGGAUAGUCGCUUACUUGUCACGUCACGCCACAUUUGCUUCCGAUUUCCACCGCUUAUUGGCUGUAGUCAUAGGCGAAUCUUCCAGCAUUCAUCGUGAUGACAGUGUUCUUCAGUUGUUAUCCAGAAUCGCCGAAAACAUUCCUGGUAUUUACGACGAUCUUUGGACCCUCACGACGCCUUCGCUGGGAGGCGCGCGUGUAAUUGAAAAUCCUGAUUUGAACUUGGAAGCGAAAGAUUCCAAGCUUGAAUUGCGGAAAAAACGCAAUGAGAGCACAUCGUUCAUUUAUCAUGCCAAUGAACCGAAUGAAGUUGGGCUGAAUGUUUGGAAGCGAGUGAAGUUGAAAUUGGAUGGCAUGGACACAGAAAUGGGAAACACUUGCAUGGAUAUCAGCCAACAGGUGGAAACAAUAAUCCAGGACGCAAGAAAUCUUGAUAACCUGGCCCUUUUGUACGAAGGAUGGACGCCUUGGGUGUGAUCACGGUACAAGCUUAUCCAGCCUCGAUGUGCUGGACAUCCUUGCAGUUUCUUCCCAGUUUUGGAAAUCGAUCGGCGUACGGUUAGAUUGAGACCUCUGGGCGACGAAUGUCGAAUUGCGCGAGGAAAUCUCGCCCAAUCAAAGCAAACGCCAAGUUUCAAUAACAUUCGAGACAGCGAAAUAACGCCGUCUUGCGUCGGUUUUCCAGAUUCGGAAUUCUGUCUUCAAUAUUCGGCACUGGUUUUGACUAAUGUCAGUGGGAGGCACUUUCCGAAUCCUUGCGAGAACUAGCUGGUUUUUUUGUUGAAGCUGAUAGAUUCGAUUUUCUUCGUUUCUUCACCCGUUCUCGACGCUUUUCGGUUAUUUUUGGUUGAUCUUAAGUCUGACGAUGGGAGGAGGUUCUUCAUGUGAAUAUCGAUCAUUUUGCAGCUCUUUUUUUCGUUUCACUAUUCGAAUGAUGCUCGAGUUAUUCUUUCUUUCUGUUAUAUCUGUCACUGUGUUGAUGAAUAGUUUGGGCAUUGUUGACUAAAAAAAGCACGAGGUGGUCGAGAA